AUGACUGUCGCCCUGACCUGUCUGUACCUCGGCUUCUGCAUCUGUAAAACAGGAGACAUCUGUCACCUUAGGGUGGCAAAUCUGAUACUGGAUGGGAACCUGUCGCCGCGGCCCGCCCCGGACUACCCCUGUCGAAAAGUGAUAUCAGGACAUACCCUGCCGCUCUUCGUUCCCGGCCACUUCACCCGCAAGCCUUUCAAACAGGCCGCUGCGGAACGGCCAAUCACAGACCUUUUUUUCCCUGGCCUCCCGGCGCUGUCCAAUCAGCGCAUACACUGCCCCCGGCCUGGCUCCCUGCGGCGGAGGAGAAAAAGAACUGGGGUCAUAAGCUUCGCAGGCGUGGCGGUAUACUUCUCUCCCGAGGAGUGGGCGUGUCUGCGGCCCACACAGAGGGCCCUGUACCCGGACAUGAUGCGGAAGCCUUACGACCAUCUCGGCGCGCUCGGAUUUUCAGGCCCUAAACCUGCUUUCAACUUUUGGGUGGAAGGAGAGGUGGAGGCAUGGAGCCCAGAGGCUCAGGAGGAGGAUGAGAACCCAGGAGUUGUCAGCAGAGGAUCCAAGUAUGGGAAUGAGGAGAAAGAAGGGCUGAAGAAGUCGAAGCAAAAAGAAAUGGAGCAUGAAGGGGUGUCUCUUCAGGAGCAGUUGCCAUUCAGCACAUCACCUGGCCCCAAUCACAAAGCUGCCUGCCCAGAGCUUUCCUGCACCCCUAGGCAGAAUCCCAUCAAGCUUUGGCUCAAGGAUACUCCAACCCACAGCCCACCCUCCCUUUGCCUAGACUGUGGCUGAAACUUCAGCUAUCCCUCCCUCCUGGCCAAUCACCAGCAGGUCCACUCUGGGGAGCGGCCCUUCCCCUGUGACCAGGCCCGCUUCUCUCAGCUGAAGUACCUGCUCAAGCAUCAGUUCAACCACACAGACUAGAAGCCCUACCCCUGCCCCAAUUGUGGGUGCGGCUUCUGCCAGAGAGAUUCCCUGGCCAUCCACAGAUGGGCCAACACAGGGGAGAAGCCUUAUCUGUGCCCAAAUUGCAAGAGUUGCUUUACUUACCCCUACCUGUUGGCCAUCCACCAGUGCGUACACACAGGCGAGAAGCCCUAUAGCUGUCCUGACUUCGGCCUCUAUUUUGCCUACACCUCCCUGCUGGCUAUUCAUAGAUGCACACACACGGGUGAGAAGCCCUAUCCCUGCUCUGACGUCGGCUUCUGCUUUACCUACUCUUCUCUCCUCCUCAGUCACUGACACAUCCAUUCCGACAGCCAGCCGUUCCUCUGUCCUGAGUGUGGGAAAGCCCUGGAAGCCCACCAGUGGAUCUGUCGCUCUGGCAAUGACACGCCAAGGUGGCAGCAGCCUGCAGUAGCACCUUCUGACUUAAUCCCUGUUGUGGGAGGCCAGGAUCCCCCAGUUCACUUCCAGUACUUUCCAGAUAUAUUUCAAGAGUGUGGGUGAUGGAGUUCACAUGAGAUGAUCAGAGUUUUCUCUGGAACAGAAGAGGCAAGGCUUAUGCUUAUUUGGAGGAUGAGGAAGGGAAGUGGGAAUUUAAGGAAAACAAAGCUCUAUGUUAGGAAACAAGCAGAGGUGAGGGGGCACAGAGAAGGUCCAUGGGAAGACGGGAGCAGGAAUCUGAAAGUCUGUUGAGAGCUGGACCCAUUUUCUAAGGCUUCUGCUCACAGAGCCUCUGUUUUGGUUUCCUAGUGCUGCUGGCACACAAAUACCUCAAGUGGGUGGCUUUAAAGAACAGAAAUUUAUUUUCUCAUAGUUCUAGAUGCUAAAAGUCGAAAUCAGGGUCUCGGCUGUGUUACUUCCUUGUAGGUAAUCCUGAGAGUUUCUUGGCAGUCCUCACAUGACAUCUGUCUUCCCCUGUGCAUCUGCGUGUUUCUGUGUCUGUGCUGCUCAUUAUAUAAAUCUGAAGGGAUUAGGUUUAGAAUCCACCGUGUAUUAUGACCUCAACUGAUAGAUUACAUUACAUUAGAUUGCAUUAUGGAAGGCGAUUACAUUAGUGUCAAUCACAUUACACUACAUCCACAGGUAUAGGGGCUAGAAUUUCAGUGUGUACUUUGAGGGGGACAUAAUUCAAUCCAUAACAGCCCCUUAUUUUAAGUUCUACUUGGAGCUACUUCACCACAAGCCAUUCGUGUAACUGGUACCUAAGUAGUGCUUUUCUUUCUGGAUUGAUCUUUCCCUUAGAGAGCUCCGCCUUCUGACCUGUAUCUCCUGCUUCUCAGUGGUGAGUUCACCCAGAUGAGAAAGCGUAUUAAAGGAACCCACACCCACUUGGGCCCCUCAGAAUAGAGGGCACACCUUGGCUCUGUCCCCACUAGGGGAAGCUCAUCCGGUACCCCGUACAGGUGAAACAAAAUAAGGCAGUAGACAAGGAAACACGUUUGGUAUCAAGCUAUUGUUUGGCUUGAGACAGUGGCCUCAGGUGGGGAACUCCCCCGCCCUAAAAGUAUCAAACCUAAUAAACUUCAGGGUUAGGUCAUGUCUUGACUGUCUGGUUUAGUGAUUGCAAUUUUUUUUCUCUCUCAGAUGUUUUCAUGUUCCCUGGAUUUUACAUCUUUUGAAAAAAAUCAGUAUUCCAGGCCACAGCAGCUGGAAAUGUAAUGCUGGAAACUUUUUUUUUCCUUAAAGAAGGAGUAAAUUACUUUUGAUUAGAGUUGAAAUCAAGGCAUAGUCUCCAGUCUAAUCUUUAAUGUUUAUACAUGUCAACAAUUAAGAGAGGUCCUUCUGACCCAUUUAGAUUUGUUGCCCUACUUUCGAACUGAAAAAGCAUUAGGGAAUAAACAAGAAGGUGAGUGAGACUAAACGUGUCCUAAGGUUGGAUAUCUCCUCCAUGAUAGGAAUGGUUCUGGGAGCCUCAAAUAUCUCUCUGAACAAAAGACUGCUUUUCUGAUCCCAUGGGUUCUAAAUAUUAUCCUUAAUGGGAACUGAGUGUUAUUUCUACUUGACCACAUAGCCUCUACUAAGUUGGUAGACUCAGAUUCCAGGCUGAACUCAAUCCCCACUUAAGCAUAACAUUCAACAUUUCUAAUCCCCAUUGGCAGAAUGGGGCUAAUGCCAACUUCAUAGAGUUGUCUGAGAUAAAAUGUGAUAGGUAUAAACGCACCUAGCAUGUCUUUUUACAGUUUGAAGAAUGAAUGGAUGUGCUUUUCUCUCCCCAACAUUUUACUAGAAAAUUUUUCAAACAUUCAAAAGAGUUGGAAGAUUGUUACACUAAACACCCAUUGAAGUCUACCGCUAGGAAUCGCUUAAAUUCCUGAGGGGUUAGAAUCAGGAUCAGCACAAAGCUAGUUCCUAUGAGGCGGAGGUCAGACAUACCUCCACUCUCCAACUUUUUCAUCAUUUCUAACACCAGCCGUUCCA